ACUACAGCAUAUGAUGGGUGCGGCUCAGGGGCAAUACCUGGGCCAUUCUCGGAAACAUGCCUGCACGCAACUCCACCCUCCUGGUUCCGUAAAGGGUAUAAAACUGCGACCUGAUUCCAUUUCUGGUGAGAGUUGCAUGGACUGAAUGACAUCCGGAGGACAAGCCAACAAGAGAUCUUCUGUCUGCAAACUACAUAGACAAUAUGGCCUGUAACCGCAAAAUACCUAACUACAUCUACAGAGAGACUCUCACCCUACCAGACACACCAAAGGUCCAGGGCUAUGAUUUCAACCAGGGAGUGGACCACCACGCACUGCUACAGUCCUUCCUCAGCACAGGCUUCCAAGCCACUAAUCUGGGCCUGGCUAUCCUGCAGAUAAACAACAUGAUCAAGAAGCGGCAGCAGCCGGUGAAGGCAGUGAAUGGAAGUGUUGAGGAGGAUCCAUCGACCUGCCCGUGCCCCUUGAGCUGCACCAUCUUCCUCAGUUACACUUCAAACCUCAUCAGCAGUGGAGUCAGGGAGAGUAUCCGCUAUCUCGCAGAGCACAGUAUGGUGGAUGUCUUGGUGACCACAGCUGGAGGUAUAGAGGAGGAUCUGAUCAAAUGUUUGGGACAUAUUUACAUCGGAGACUUCACUCUGCCUGGGAAGGAUCUGUAUAAAAACGGUCUCGACAGGAUUGGCAAUCUUCUGAUGCCUGAUAGGAACUACAUGUUAUUAGAAAAAUGGAUGUUGCCAAUAAUGAAGCAGAUGCUGCUGGAGCAGAACUCUCAGGGUGUGAGUUGGACUCCAUCUAAGAUGAUCCAUCGCUUGGGCAAGGAGAUCAACAACCCAGAAUCUGUCUGCUAUUGGGCCUACAAGAACAACAUUCCAGUGUUCAGCCCUGCCCUAACAGAUGGCGCCAUAGGAGACCUCUUCUACAUGUUCUCGGCUGUGAACCCUGGCUUGAUUUUGGAUAUUGCUGAAGAUAUUUCAAUUAUAAACGACAUUGCUGUGAAUGCCAAUAGCACAGGGAUGAUCAUCCUAGGAGGAGGGUUAGCAAAACACCACACCUGCAAUGCCAAUGCAUGGAGGAAAGGAGCUGAGUUUGCGGUGUAUGUGAACACGGCUCAGGAAUAUGACGGGUGCGACUCAGGGGCCAGACCUGAUGAAGCAGUGUCCUGGGGCAAGAUCACAUUAGAUGCCAAACCUGUCAAGGUGUGUGGAGACGCCACAGUGAUCUUCCCCUUGUUGGUGGCAGAAACCUUUGCUCUUCAAAGACAGACUCCAGUCAAGGAUAAGUUGGAGGUUUAGAACGGUCAUUAGAUGCUAAUUGUGAUAAUUUGCAGUUUGAUAGGUCAGAAUCUGUGAGAAGUGUAUUUUUUGCAACAGUGAAAAAAAAUGUUGGACAGACAAAUAAUGCAGUGUUUAAAUAUGAGAAAAGAACUGGGUCUAGCAUGGAUCCAUGUGGUAUACAUACUUACAAGAUUAAAAGAUUCAAAUAAAUAAAACAACAAUAGCAUUCUGGAGAAUCUUACGUAAAUGUAUUUUGCUGUCAUUAUGUGAUGACACCUUGUUAUGAAACAGAAGUGAAAUAAAAAAAUAAAAAACGUUCCCACGGUU